GACAAGACUACCUUAUUAAAAUCAUCUUACUACCUUACUCUACCUGUUACCUAUCAAAAUGAAUCAAUUCCUGUGAGCUUCUCCUUCUUCUCUUUCUCCCUCUCAUGCCCCUUCUCCUUCUCCUCCUCCCUCUCCUCCUCCCUCUCCCUCUCCCUCUCCCUGUCCCUCUCGUCAUACAUUCGUCGGCGGGGUAGAUAAUUCCAUCAUCCUGCGAGUAGCUACCUCAUGUCUAUAAUUAAUUCAAUCGAUUUUGGAGACAUCUUGGCUUCCUUGCUAAAAGGUGUCUUGUCUGUCUGUCUGUUUGUCUCUGCCCAGGUAGGUACUAUCAAAUACCUUCCUGCCUUCCCUCCCGCAAUAUUGACCUCAUCGAUCAAUUGAAAUCAAAGAACUAACCAUCCUGCUAGAUACGCAUGCCAAUAUCUCGCAUCUCGAUCUCUCGACAAACGUAUGAAACGAUCCUCGUGCAAUUACAAAGGGAAUAUGCAGCCAGCCGUUUGUGAGACUUGACUAGGAAGAAUACCCACAAACACGACAGGGUCAUAAACAAGGAAUUAUAUGCGACAACCGCAUUCGAUACACAGGAUAUACAAGAUAUACAGUAGAAUACUCAAAUGCAGAUUUUAUCAAGUGAACGAGUCUCGAGCAGGUGAUGCCAAAAUGCACCUGGGCCCGACAUCCACUUGUAGAUCCCACCCACUUAAUGUAUUGCCAUGCAAUUUGAUUCCAUCUUCUUCACACGCAGCCGGUUCGCGACUUCACGUUAUCUUAUCGAAAAAUGAGAAUGCAGGCGCUCCACUUACGCAUCGACAUACUUGCGACUUCCCAACAUCGAUAUUGACGAAAAGGUCUGGAGAUGCCGACCCAUUAUUCUCGCAAGACUGGACUUAUUGAGUUGAGUCCACGGGGAUCUACCACCAACCAAAGUGUCGGGUCUCCAGUAAAGCAAGGGGGUAGAGGGUAAGCAUUAUCAUGGGUCAAUUGGAUGGGUGACAUCGCGAGAACGUCACUUGCAGUAGAUUUGUGAUGGCAUAGAUUUCGAGCCCCAGGCGUGGAGAUUCCUGGUGAGAUCCGUCCUAGCAUUCCCCACAACUAAUCUCAUACGAAGUUUGCAUGGUUGGCGUCUCACGAAUCUAUCUAUCAUCAUCCCCCAAAUCUACGAUGAGGUCAAUGCACACAGUCACGACGGAGUGAGAUGUGUGGCACAUACAUGCAACUAGCUGCAUGCCACAACAUCUCAGAUUUUGCGUUUUGAGUUUGGGAGUUUUACAAAUUUACGCGUUAUGAUCCA